CGGAAACAAACUGACGCCACUACGUGCCUGGACGCGCUCGCGUGAAGGCCGAAUCUCGUGCAACACCUUUCCGUCCACUACAAAACCAUCUCUAAAGCCCACCAUCACCUGCGCUACAGUUAAGAGUCUUCCAAGAGUAGGUUGCGGGCCCCAGAGGCCCCACAGGGCCUGCGCUGCGGCCUGCUUUGGGUCUUCAAGCAUGGCCACCCCGCAGGCGGUCACCGCGGUUAUCCGCGCCUCUCGGCCGGAAUUCAGGUCUGCCGCCGAUCGGUUGGCCUUCGCCGUGCACGCCGUCGUCAGUGUGAACGGCUUCUCACUGCGCAAGGUUGGCGACUCCGCGGUGGAUGAGGCCGUGGCUGCCGGCGCUGCCGCGCUGCCGGCAGAAGAGUGCGGCCUGCAGGGCUGGAACCAGGGGCAGGCGGAGCCGGGCGGCGCGGGCGUGGCGGAGCCGGCGACCUACGGCUUCCUGUAUGUGCCUGAGUCGGCGGGCAUGGAUCGGCAGGAUAACAAGGGCUCGCCGGCCCCGCUGCUGCUGGUCAAGUGCCUGAACCUGCACUCCGCGGCGGACGACACGCCCGGCGUGCUGCUGGCGAGCCUGGCGGACGCCGCAACGGGCCGCCCGCCAGUCACCCUGGAACUUCCCGUCGCCCGCUAUGUGUCCUCGGGCGGCACGUACGACAAGAUGGAGGAGUUGAUCGGCCGCGUCACGGGGGCGCUGGAGGAGGCGCUGGAGGUGCCCGCCGCCUCCAGGUCCGGCGCCAAGGCCGCUGGGGUCUCCACCGCUGGCAAGACAGCCGCGGCGACGCCCGCCGCAAGCACGACGUCACAGGGCCAGCAGCAGCAGCCGCAGCGGGGCCGGGAGGAGGGCCCCGACCCCGACCACGACCCGCUGAGAGACGACCGCUACCGCGGGGCUCCCCGCGGGCCUGCACGAGGGCCGCCGGGCUACGGCGUUGGCGCAGAAGAAGACUGGGUUCCAGGCGGUGUGCCCAGGCCGCCGGGCAUGGGUGGCGGCCUCAUGCUGCCGGGCGGCGGCGGCGGCUUCGCGGGCGGCGGCGGCAUGCUGGUAGGACCCGACAACCCCAUCUUCGCAGACCGGCUGCGCCACCCGCGCAUGGGCGGCCCCGGCAUGGGGCCCGGCGGGGGUCCGGGCAUGGGUCCAGGCUCGGGCGUGCCGGGCAUGCGCUGGGACCCCAUUGCUCCCGAGGGGCUGCAGGGCUGGCACCCAGACGACUUCACGCGGGAGGGCAGGGCCGUGCGAGGCGAGGGAUUCAACGACAUCGGCCGCCCGCCGCCCGGCCGCGGUCCCGACUGGGACAAUAUGUUUGGUUAAGAGCGCUGGCUGUGGCGGUGGCAGCGAAGGGCAGCGUUGACGGCACGAAGGGGCGCUAGACGGGUAAGGUGGCAUGUAGUGCAUGGGGCAGUCAGGCAUAGGGACUGCAAGGGGACGCCAGAAAGCAGGAUGAUGAUGUCGUGACUGAGGCGAGGCUCGCUGAGUGCUGUUGUGUUGUCUUGUUGAGGGCGAGGCAGGAUGUGAAACGGCAGGUACUGAUGAGAUGGCAGUGAUGCUAAUGUGGUGGGGUUGGCGGGUUGCGGCUACUUGAUGAUUUGCUAGCACUUGCUCACGUGCUGGGGCGGGCGGCGCGUUUGUCUUGUUUGGUGUGUGGACCUUGUGGUAUACGGAUUACGGACCCAGCCCAAGAGCAGGCGCACUUGCCAGGACUUGCGCGACCAGUCCACUGAAACAUUGGAAACGCAGGCCAGGGGCUUGGCCAGGGGCCGAGGAACCGGUAGGAGCCGGGGAAGGCACGCUCCUUCUGUAAACCUGGCGCUUG